AUGGUUUACAGGUUGUAUCAGUGUCAAAUCAAACGGUCUGUUUUAAUUAAAAAGCCAGACGCGGGAGGCCUGUGCCUAAACAAAGGGUGUUGUGGCCCACGGGCUAGCACCGCCCUCACGGAGAGGGCGCACCAGCAGCUGACCGACGCGUUACGCAGUGAGCUCGGCAAGUUGGCCGACAUCCUCACAGUCAGAGCUAAGAAGUUUGAUGAAUUCUUUCGAAAGCUCUUGAAAGUAUCACGGGAGGAGUUUCACAACAUGUUCAAGCGGACGUACGGCAUGAUCUACGAGCAGCACUCGUACGUGUUCGAGCAGUUGUUCGAGCAACUACAGAAUUACUACAGCCGCGGCGAUACCAACUUCGAUAAGAUGAUGGACGACUUCUUCGGUAUACUGUACGAGAAGAUGUUCACCGUCCUCAACUCGCAGUACAACUUUGACCAGAAGUAUCUGCGUUGUCUGAACGAGCACAUGCGCGACAUCCAGCCGUUCGAGGACGUACCGCACAAGUUGUCGGUGCAACUGCGGCGCGCUUUCGUCGCGACGCGGACCUUCCAUAAAGCGUUGCGAGCGGGUGCCGACGUCGUGCGCAACAUGAUGCAGGUUGAACUGAGCCGUGAGUGCGCCACUGCGUGGGCUCGGCUUCGAUUCUGUGGCAGCUGUGGCGAGUUGCAGGCGCCGGCGUGCAGCCGCUACUGCCACAACGUGCUCCGAGGCUGCCUGCCCUCGCACGCAGACCUCGGAGAGCUGUGGGAUGCUUAUGUUGAUUCGGUAGAAAAAGUGGCCGAUCGACUCCAAGGCCCGUUCAACAUAGCAAUGGUCGUUGAACCGAUAGACAUAAAGAUAUCGGAGGCGAUAAUGAGCUUCCAGGAGCACAACCAAGAAAUAUCGCAGAAAAUAUUCGCCGGUUGCGGGAAACCGGAUCUAGGCGGCGGCGGCAGUACCGGACCGUUCUUCGCUCCGGACCGAUCACGACGUUUCGCCCGGUCCAUUCCGGACUUUGAUUGGAACCAGAAAACAAACGACAUGGAUGACUUCGAAAUAGAAGCGUCUUUCGAGAGUUUAAUGAACAACGACCCGUCAUUACUCAGUCUCCAGACACCAGACAGUAUCAGGAAGGCGACAGAGGAGAUGGCAGAGCAAGCCAAGUCGAGAGCCAAGUUCCUCCAGUAUAUGAAGGGACAUAUAGAUUUGGAGGAUUACGAGGAACAUGAGAGGAGAAAGAGAGACGCGGAGCCCGACGCUGCCGGUGGGGACAUUUAUAUGAAGCCAUACGACUUCGAUGGUAAACGCGGUUCGAAGAAAAAGAAACCCAUUUCCAGUAAAUCAGAUGACGUUCAUGGUAAGACAUACUUUAUAUUUACUAUCACUACCGCGUAUCAUUUUUAG